AUGUCUGAAUCAGCAGCAGGAGACAGCGAUGCUGUUUUCAAGCUCUACCGAUAUGACCCGUCCAUGGGGGCGGCUGUUAUCUUCAUCAUUCUCUUUCUGCUAGUCACUGGAUUGCAUACGUAUCAGUUGAUCAGGACGAAGACGUGGUUCUUUUCUUCCUUUGUCAUCGGUGGUUUCAUGCAGGUCAUUGGCUACGUCGGUAGGGCAGUGUCUUCCAGCGAAAGCCCCAACUGGACUGUGAAGCCUUAUGUGGUCCAGACUUUGCUGCUGCUUAUCUCACCAGCCUUGUUCGCAGCAAGCAUUUACAUGAUCCUCGGACGUAUCAUCAUCAUUACCGACGGCGAGCGGCACUCACCAAUCAAGAGGGUCUGGCUCACAAAAAUCUUUGUCGUCGGCGAUGUUGCCUCCUUCAUACUUCAGGGCGCAGGUGGUGGUAUGAUGGCAGGUGGUUCCCUCGAUGCUCUCCACAAUGGCGAACGGAUCGUCAUCAUAGGUCUAAUCGUUCAAAUUGUCUUCUUUUCACUGUUUGCUGUCACUGCGGCCCUGUUUCACAUGAGGCUCGUGGGUUCCAUGUCCGCAAAAGCCGCUGUAUCAGGAAUCCCUUGGCAGAGAUAUUUGUACACACUGUACAUCGCUUCUGGCCUGAUUCUUGUACGGUCGGUGUUUCGGCUGAUCGAAUAUGCACAGGGGAAUGCGGGCUACCUUAUCUCACAUGAGGCUUACAUGUAUAUCUUCGACAGUGUUUUGAUGUUUCUUGCCAUGGUGUUGUUUGCCUGGGAGCAUCCUAGUCAGCUGAAUGCUAAGCUGAACGGAGGAGGAACUGCUGUUAGAAAUGGAAUUCGAUUGUACUGGGAGAAGUAG